UUAGUUCCGGGGUUGGCCAAUUACACGUCAAGCUAAUUCGACUCCUACCGUACUCCUUUCUUUGGUGACAGGAGACGCCCGCCUUUUCCGGCCCCGUUGGGAGCCGCUCCUUCCGCAACAUGGGAACAAUAUAUUUGUUUCGCAAAUCACAGCGGUCUCUUCUUGGCAAGUUAACACAGGAAAUUAGAACAGUAGCUGCUGAUAGAAGGUCAUGGAAGAUCUUGUUGUUUGGUGCAAUAAAUAUAACAUGCACUGCGUUCCUGCUUAUGUGGUGUAGUUCUACAAACAGCAUAGCUUUAACGGCAUAUACCUAUCUAACAAUCUUUGAUCUUUUCAGCUUAAUAACAUGCUUAAUAAGUUAUUGGGUAAUGAUGAAGAAACCAAGUUCCUCUUAUUCAUUUGGAUUUGAGAGAUUUGAAGUCCUAGCAGUAUUUGCUUCUACGGUUCUUGCACAACUUGGAGCACUCUUUAUACUUAAAGAAAGUGCUCAACGAUUUCUUGAACAACCAGAGAUUCAUACGGGUCGAUUGCUGGUUGGUACCUUUGCGGCACUCACUUUCAACUUGUUUACAAUGCUUUCGAUUAAGAAUAAACCAUUUGCUUAUGUGUCUGAAGCUGCAAGUACAAGUUGGCUUCAGGAACAUGUCGCAGAUCUCACUAUGAGCUUGUGCGGUAUCAUUCCUGGACUGAGUAGCAUCUUUCUUCCACGUAUGAAUCCAUUCAUCUUGAUUGAUCUUGCUGGGGCUUUAGCUCUUUGUAUUACAUACAUGCUAAUCGAGAUUAAUAAUUAUUUUGCAGUUGAUACAGCUUCUGCAGUAGCUAUUGCUUUGAUGACAUUUGGUACUAUGUAUCCCAUGAGUGUCUACAGUGGAAAGGUAUUGCUUCAGACGACACCACCUCAUGUGAUUGGACAGCUAGAUAAACUUAUACGAGAGGUUUCUACUUUGGAUGGAGUUCUAGAAGUUCGGAAUGAACACUUCUGGACAUUGGGAUUUGGUUCAUUGGCUGGAUCAGUUCAUGUGAGAAUUCGAAGAGAUGCCAAUGAACAGAUGGUACUUGCACAUGUGACAAAUCGGCUAAAUGCAUUAGUAUCUAUUUUGACUGUUCAAAUUUUCAAAGAUGACUGGAUUAGGCCUACUUUGGCCACUGGACCUAUUGGGAACAAUAUGCUGAACGUUUCAGAUCAUUACAUUAUUCCAAUGCCACCUCUAAAAUCAGCAGAAAAUUCUGACCUUGCUACAUCCACUCCAACUAAACCAAACAGUCCACCUCCAGAAUUUGCUUUUAACACACCAGGUAAAAAUAUGAACCCUAUCAUUCUCAUGAACACUCAGGCAAGGCCCUAUGGAUUGAACUUCAAUCAUGGAACUGUACCUUACAGCAGUGUCUUCACUCAAGGUUUUGGAUUGCCAGGAACGGGAGUAACCCAGGGAUUCAGGACUGGCUUCAUCAGUGUUCCCCAGAGAUAUGGAACUGGCACUCAAGGUCAAUUAAGACCCUAAUAAACUGUUUCUAUAUUUAUUGUUUGUAAUUACUUCAAUUAUUUUAUUGCUCAUUUUUCUACAAGACUGGAAACUAAUAUCAGAAGUUUUCAAAAUCAUGAAAACGUGCAUUCAUGGAUUGACUUAAUUUUUGAGGGUUAUCCAUUUCUGACUGUAAAGCAUAGCUUUAUAAAAAGUUAUUGCAACUGCAUAUAUUGCUGGUCUUGUAAAUAAUUUCAGUAUAGUAUGUGAAAGGAACUCCAGAAAAUAACAGUUUUGCAAAGUGUCUAUUAACAAAAUUAUUUUCUUAAAAGUUUGUCUUUGAUGUAAUCAUACAAUCAUUUUUAAAAGUUAUACUUUCUGAACAAUGGAAAAAUGAUUAUUUGUUAAGUUUAGCAAGCGCUCCUGAAAUUCAGUUUGAUAUUAAAAUGCUUAUGGGUAAUCUUGUUUGAGGAGUGCAGAGGAGAACUCAAUGAAAUAUGACAGUGUGGGAAGACAAGGUGAUCCAGCUACCCGUAACCGAUUAUUAAGAAUAUUAUGCCCAAUACAUGUCUCUCAUGCAGAGUUACUUUUCUGAAAGAAAAAUGGCAUCAGAGAUUUUAAACAGGAACUUGUGGACUUUAGGGACAGGUUUCUCCCCUCCUCCAAGUGCAUAGGCCUCAGGGAAAAAGCUAUCUUGGGCACCUGAAGAGCUGAAAAUUCCAGAGAGAGACCUAUAUCUGUGGUAGAGACCCAAAGAGAGGUUAAUUACAGAGGAGAGAAAUGGAAUUAAGAGCAGAAAUGGCAAUUAGGAAACGGUGAAGCAAGGAAGGUUCUGUCUUUAUCUCCAUCAUCUCCAUAUCAACAUAAAUUUCAGGCUGAGGAGAACUGCUGCAGGUGGACCAAAGGAAAACAGCAUUUGGAUUUUCGGAAAGCUGAUGAAGGAAAUGCUGAAAAAUACAGCCCAGAACUGUUGAGCAGUAAAAGUGGUCUGAUUUUGUUACGAUCCUGAAAUAAUCUACAAUAGGAUGGGUUUGUUGAUCUAGCAGACUGUUGUAGUUAUUUCAGCAUUCAACAUUCAGCAUUUAUUCUUUACAGCCUGAUUGAAAGAUAGCUUCAUUUUAAGCCCUCCUUCUCCUUGAUUUUGUGAUCCAGAGCUUCUAUAGCCUGUGCUGCUAUUCUUGGUGCAUACAUAGGACCUAGAACAAAAACACUUCACUUGGUUACAUAAAAUAUAAUACAGGGCUUUUCAGGCCUACUGCUAGGGAAGGGAUUGAAAAGAAUUUGAAAAUCCAUGCUCUGUAAGUUUUCCCCACCUUGUUAAAACUCAUUCUAGGUAAAUGGCAGCAAAAGGUGUCACACAGGAGAUCUAGUUCAUAUUUAAUUAGCCCAUCUGCUUUCCACCAAGAGUGUCAGGUUGAAUAUGUUUUGUUCUGGUAAUAAGCAUUUGUGAGUGAUGAAGUUGUAUACCUACUACUUGCAUUGUGUGUCGUAAUUGGUUUUCCCUAGUGACCUCUUCCAUUUUAAUAAAAUAAAGGAUAGAAUGGCUGGUUUGGGACUAAUAAAGGUUUCCACUGUGGGAAAUCAGAAUUGACUAACUUUUUAAACAGCGUGCUUUGGGGAACCCCAUUUCUACAAUAGUAGUGUGGAAUUGCUGCCAUUCAUCUCUUUUUUUUCCAAUAAAAAAGGUAUCAGUUUACCCUGAGGUUUUCAGUGUGGGUAUGAUUACCUUCCCUAGAUAGGUUUGUUAUUCCUUUAUGAACAAAAGUCCUUUGAAAACUCUUUGAUCCAUUUCCAUUAUUAAGUUAUAAGAGAUUAUAGGCAAUUUACCUAUAGCAAAUAUAAAGUUAUGGAUAAAUAUACAGUGGUGCUUAAAAGUUUCUGUACCCUUCUGAAUUAUUAAUAUUGCUGCAUAAAUAUGACCUAAACCAUGAUCUGUCCUCUGCACAAAUCCUAAAACUGGAUAAAGAACCAAUUAAGAAGAUAAGUAAAAUAGUGUACUUGUUCAUUUAUUUAUGAAAAGAAUGUAAAACUAUGGGUUUGUGUGUGACAAAAGCUUGUAAACCUCUAGAUUUAUCAAUUCAUUUGAAGGAGAAAUUAGAAUCCAGUGUUUCAAUCAAUUAGUUGAAAUCAGGGUCAAGUGUGGAAGGUCCUGCCUUAUGUAAAGAACAGAAUUCUGGGUAGUCAUAUCAAAGUGACCUUCACAACACUGAUAUGUGAAAGUGUGUCAUAGCUCAAAUGCAGGAGAGUUUUGAGGACCUCAAAAAACAAUUGUUGAUGCUCAGAAUAACAUUUAAAGAACUAAAUAUCUCUCAUUGGUGAAUAUCAAUUUUCACAAGACCAACAUCAGGACAACUCUGAAAAAAUGAGUAAGGCAGAGUUGAAAGGAGAAAGCGACUCAUCUUCCCCCCAAAAAGGAUGUAUUUUAAGGAGCAAUGUUACAUGCCUACUUAUAAUGGUACUUUCUUUUGGAGCUACUAAUUAAAUCAGGUUUAAAAAAAAAAUGAUGGUCACUGUUACCAAAUACUAUAAGAAGCUGAUCAGUUCAUUUUCAGUCAACAUAUCUUAUGUUAUAUGCACUAUAAUCAAUAUUUUUUUAAAACCCUGUUUUUUAUCUUGUCUGUAACAGUUUAACCAUUCUCAUAUUGUAUAGUCUAACAGCAUUUAAAUCUACUUAUGAUGCACAGGAAUUAUUUCUGUCCAAAAUUUAUAUUUAAAUAUUGCUUCUAUAUGAAUAGUUUCUCCUUCCCUAAUAUACAAUUCUUAAUCAGCUCAUAAAAUUUAUAGAAUUUCUUCUU